GUCUCGCAUUCCUGGCCCCACCUGGCGGCCUCAGCGGGCCCCACCUGCCAGCGAUUACCUCUCGCGCAGCCACCCCGUCUCACAACGCGAGUAGAGAGGGAGGGGGCGAGCACGCCGCCCGCCGCCUGCGUCGUCCAUCGCCGCCUUCGGAGAAGGAGGAGGCCGGACCUAUGGCGGGCCGCAACGACUUCGAGGACGACGACGUCAACCCCUUCGCCGGAGGAAGCGUUCCCCCUGCCCCCAGUUCUCGGCUCUCACCUCUCUCCCACGAGCCAGCGGGUUUUUAUAAUGUGGACAUUCCUAUGGAUUCAACUAAGGAUGUGAAGAAAAAGGAGAAAGAGCUCAAGGCAAUGGAACCUGAGACAAACAAACGAGAAAAGCUAUUUCAGUUCUUAACUGUCCGACAACGAACCAGCAACGAACCUACAGUAACCCAAAAGAGCAAGCUAGGAUGGAAGUGGAGGUGAGCCAAAUCAAGAUUGCAAGGGAGAUAAAAGGAAGUAUGGGUCACCUGGUUUGAAUGGAUGUGUGGUCACCUCAAGAUCUGAUUCCUUGCCCGCAAUAUAAACUCUUCCUCUCCGAAGGAUCUAUGUUCAAGGAACAACUCAAUAUCAAAAAAGUGAAGGUUACUAAAAUAAACCUUUGGAAGUGAUAUUGAGAAUCCGAAAAGACAAAAAUCAUAGGAGAAGGUCAUCAAUAUUUGAGAUAUAUUGAAGUAGAUUAGUUCACAACAAGUGUCUGUAUCUAUCUAGUUUUUCAGGUUAAUCGUAUUGCACUAUACUAUACUGAAUCUGUGCUAGCAAAGCCCCUUAAAAUAGCAUAUACCUCUGACAUCAAUACAAUCUGUGUAUUGCAUCCAUCUCUCUUCUCACAAGAUGGUUGCUAAACUUUGAAUGUCAGAGCUUCAUCAUUAGUCAUAUGAACACAACAUUCACUUCCUUGCUCAAAAAUGCAAAAGGUACAUUCUCAAAUUUGUAGAUUGAGUUCAGAAAGUUGUAGUCAUUCAACAAAUUAUGCGUUAAUUCUUUGCUUAAUUAUUAGGUAUAUGUAUUAAGCCAAAAUUGAUGGAAUAAGACCUAAGCUUUUUAGAUGAGACACAAUCUGAUGUGAAAGGAGAGGUUCAUGAUCGGUCUCCACAUCUGCCAUGGAGGUUCUGAUUAUUGAGAUUAGGAGUUGAAAGUACAGAAACAGAACAUGGAAUGGUAACUUCAGAUUUUGGAAACAUGGGAGAGAAUGAAAUAGUAUUGGGGAGGCAUCAAAGAAAAAAGCACCCCUCUCAACCAUCGUGCCACUGCCGUCAUAGAGGAAAUAUUAAUUCUUCUUUUUAGAACAUAGUCGUAUAAAAAAAGGAGCACACAAAGAUCAUACUGAGAAUUUGAUCCAACAUAUGAAGCAUCUUGUAAAUCCGGCCAUCAGAAUCCUCUUCAAUAAAAUUUGAAGUACCUUCAAUCUUUUCUCUGCUAGUCUGCUUGUUCACUGCAAGGGAUGUACAAAAGCACUAAUCAUGUAAGUACUGGUAAAAUUAAAUGAUGAAUAAUCACCAAAUCAAUAACCAUGUAAGCGUACGAAGAAACAAUGUUGAUCAAACAAAAAGCAACUCACAAUUUAUACAUGUUCCUAUAAAUUAAAGCAUCGAGUCAUAAUGCAUUUGCUUUGUGCAUUUCCAUUCCUGGUCAUGCCAUAAGUGUGCAACGUGCAUGCGAUUGUCUAAAGAGCGAAAUAGAAAUAUUGUGUGUUUCUAUCAGAAAUUGAAACACAUGACGCACACCUCUAAGUCUCAGGUGGAGGUGUGCGCUCUUGUUUGCAUAAAGAUAGUGCUUCCAUUACUUAUAUCAUCUAAUAUUUGCAAAGAGCAAGAUGAAUUUGUCAGGUAACCUUUGUAUAAACUAAACAAAUAUUAUUUGUAUCAGCCUAACACAAAUUGAUAGGCUGACCCGUGAAACCUCAACCUAGCUCUUUAUUUAAUCUCCCAAAUCAUGGAGAUGACAUAGCUGAUUAGUUUCCAGGGAAGAGACGAACCUAACUUCAUUCUAGCUCCAAAUGCAAUCACAUAGUUAGAUGUAGCUAACCAUGAUUCUUUAGGAUGAUUUGACCACUAAUUCGAGUAGAUGCUUCUAUCUCCCUUUCCUUGGCGGGAGGGAAAAUACAGAAAGGAUUCGAGGGAUGCGGGAGGAGAUGCAAACCUGAAGCAUCGACCACACACGCCACCAGAGGGGAAAAUGAAUAUAACAAGAUAAUCGAAUGCCACGGUUCUAAAACUACAACGAACAACUAUAAUAAAUGAACCGUUCUGUACUACCAAAAUAUUACAGUUCAGCAUAAUUCCAUCAGGCCCUGCACCAAGUAACAGAAGAGAAAACCAUGGCGAAGCUCACGAAAAUCCAUCUGACCCUGCCACCUAAAAAAAGAGGCGAGAUGAAUGGACUGAUCUAUAAUUUAGGGCACACUUUCUGUUGGAUCAUCAACGCCAAAAAGAACAUAUAUAAAGCAUAGCCCGGACUACACACUUUGAACUAUGGCAAAGAAGCUCAAAUGCAUAUCCUUGUCGUCGUACCACCAUUAUAUAAAGACUAUUAAACGACAGUUGAACAACCUACUUUUAAAAAAAGGAGCAGGCAUAUAGAAUUACUGACAGAACCAUAUUGAAUGUAAACAUUGAUGUGAGUCAGUUUGUGCAACAACACAUGCAUAGUCAUUUAAUUCAAUGUCUAAAAAAAUGCUGGCAUAAUCUGAAAAUUAGAGCAUCCAUGAAAAAAGAAAGAGGUAUGUGAUCCAACCAUGGAUUAGACAUGCGUGCUUGGCCUUGAUCGAAAAGGGAAGUCUUCCGUUGCCUUCCACCGAGUACAACUCGCGAUCUGGUCGACGACGGCUUCGUCGUUCGGGUGGCUGAGGUCCACGCAUGGAUCUUACCAUGGCCAAACGAAGGGGCCUCAUCCUUGCCCCAUCUUCUCACGCUGGUCACCCGUAUUGGCUCAUAGGCUAAACAGUACUGCAGAUUGAUCAAAGUAAUAGGAGCACAUGACGUUCUUAAAUUUCAACUGCUUUGCCUCAAUUCCCUUAUUAUGUAUCUCCUACCAAGCAUGGGACAUCCAGGUUAUAUAUACUAAACAAAUAAAAUUGAAUAAUCCAUAAAGUAUACAAAUGGAAAUGUAAGCAAGAGGGGAAACCCCAGAAAUAUGAUUUGGCAGAUGGAAUUGGUGCAUGAUCCACACAAUGGACAGCUAGGCGUGAGCCAAAAACAAGUUUUGUCCCUUAUGUGGGUGCAGCCGCCUGGCAUGUAUAUAAUGAAAUGCAAUAAAACUGGAGCAUAUCUGAAACCCAUAAUUCCUUUUAGAUGAUACCUUUGCAUAUAGUAGUGAAGCAAGCUCAUUAAAUUCAUAUGGUUUGUGUAGGAAAAACAUGCGAUUGGAAAACAAUAUCAUGUGGUUUAACUACAAAAUUAUAACUUGAGUUAGGUCCAAAGCAUUGAAAAUUUCAAAGCAAAUUCCAGGCACAAUUACUUCAUUGUUGAUAAAGGUCGUCCUCGAUGAAACACCACAGUUUGAUGAUAAUUUCCUAGUCCUUGCUUCCUUUGAGGUUUCCAUUCUUAAUGGUACUGUUAAACAAGUGCGCAAACGAAAAGGUGCUAUGGCACCCGGGAGUCCAGACUCUCCCUUAUCUGCCCGUUCAGCUCCGCUGAGAUUCGUGCUAUGAUCUGCACAUCAGCAUACGAUUUGCAGUGUCACAGUACUUAAACAGGUCAUUUAAGAUAAAGAAAGGUCUAGGCAACAGGCACUAGGCCUAUGCGUGGGAUGGCAGCAGGUCAAGCGUGUCAGUUUGAUGAGACUACUCAUAACCGGUGCAUGUUAGCCACGGUCUAACAUGCAUGCAGUAAUUUUCUGAAGGCCUCAGAUUACUUAUGUAAAGAGCUAUGUGGCUUCUUCUGUAUCCCUUCCCCAAACAGUAUUUUUGUGAACCAGAGUAUAUACAUUGCUCACAGAAGAUCCCACUGAGUAGUAAAAUGUAAGUAGCCUUUUUUUACCUUGCUCCUGCUGCUUCAGACGCAUACAGGCACUCUAGCGGUCUAGCCACCCUUUGUUUCUUUUUAUUAAUGCGCUUACGCUCUCUCAUUAUCUACAGUAUCAACAUGUCUAAGGAGACACGUCUUUUCAACAUGUCCUUUCGACGUCUCAGGUAAUGGUUGGAAUCCGCCUAGUAGGAACUGUGCCAGUCUAGUUCCGAUAUGGCUUGGCGACCGAACAAGCCUGUUAAACGAAAGAUAGCUACUCUUCUCUGGUACAUAUCUCCAGGCAUUGAAUUGUAAAUGUACGGUGCUGAUAAAGGGGUGUCUGGACACCCGGGUACUGAAAAUCCAUUCUCAGUGCGCAAAUGCAGCUAUCAGUAUAAAAAGAUUGGGAUGAUACAAAAGAACAGGAAUACAAGAAAUUAGCUACACACAGACAUUCAGGUAUUCAGACACAACAUAUGCAUCUGAAAAAUAAUUUACCCAAACCUAAAAACUGAAGCAUAAAACCUACAAUUAAUGAGAUAAAAGUGGAAAUGAAAACAACAUUCUUCAAAAGGAAAAUCAUCUCAAUUUCUAAUAAAUCAUCGUUAUUCAGGAAAUAGAUAUAUAUACAAUGUAUAAAUGCCUACUUAAUAAAUAUUUGAGCAAUUGCAAUACACUCAAUUUGUUCUGCUUUGAAAUGGACUGGCAUGCUCAGAAAAACUUGGUAGUUGACGGUUAGUAAAAAUAGCUGAGACUGGAGAUAGAUGCAGUAGAGUAAGACUUAUAUAGGUGUGAACAGCAAACAAACAGAGCAAAUAUCAUGUAGUUAUGCACAACUCCGUCCAUUCCAAGAUGCCUUAUGGUGCGUACAAAUUACACAUUCAUCAAAUCAAUACAAAAUAAUGCAAGGCAGAACAUGAUGUGAUGAUCGCUGAACUUAACCAGGUUUACUCUAGGAAAGAGGAGAGCAACACACAGAUAUAUUCUGAAUAACUGAAUCUAACAUGUCAUACAUUACACUACAUUAUGCAAUAACUCCCACUACCAAAUGGUAGUCUCCAACAAAUUAAAACUGGUGCGCCAUACCAAGAGGCCUUGUAGAUAAAGCAUAUAUAUUGUUCAAAGCAAAACAUGGGGUAACAUAUUACUACUCAGCAGUCAUCAAACUCAGGCACAUGAUUCAGGAAAUCAAUAAACAGUGGGGUGGCUCAUACCUUGAUAAAGCCAAUGUCCUUGGCGUUGCUGCGGAAGCAAUGCCUGCAGCACACACGUACUUCCGGAUCAGGCUAUGCGAGUUGCCGCAGACACGGGAUACUCGUUCAUCUUAUCACACUCAUGGAAAUUUGAGAGUAUAUAAGAACAAACAAUAAUCAGAAACAAAGAGGGGCUGUGGAUCCAGAUAAGGGCAAUGGACAUGGGCAUACCUGGGCGAGGCGGAUCCCAUAGUAGCUGAAGGUGUCAGCGAUAACACCAAUGCAUUACAGUCAUAAUAGUAACCAUUUUGUUUGCUAGUCGACCAACCAUCGUCAUCGCCGACAGUGUUGACGCGCUCGCACUUGUCGACCUAUUCACUGUAUUUACAGGAAAAAGAAUUCAAUCUUUAGUUUCAGGUCCAGAUAAGCCUAACGUAGUUGCACCAACUCAAUAGAGUAAAGAGUUCUUUGUUGGAUUCAAGUUACAUAUCAGUAGGCUCAGUCAGCGCUGCACCAAUGAGAACAGACAAUCAGCACAACAUACUGAAUACAUGUAGCUCAUCAAGGGUAAACCUCUACUUAAGACUAUUCCCUUUACAUGACAUAGUUAUACACAAACUUCAACACAUGUGGCUCAACAAAGAUUAACCUCUAUAACAUUGUAUUUCCUUUAAACAAUAUUUUUAUACAUGUUCAGUUUUGAACUUCUGAUGUUGUAGAAAAAGGAGACAAAGACUAUACACAAGUUUUGCAAUACUACGCGAGUUGAAAGACAUAAUACUACAAAGAGCAUAGAAAUAUGCUUGUGCAUCUUAUGAAAUUGAGGAAUAUCAUGCUAAACCUUUGUUUCAUCAAAUUGUUGGAAAACUUCAGUCCAGUCCAUAAACUAAGUAUCCACGAGAUAUCAAAAGGAAACCAAACCAGGAAGAGCACGUACUUCCGGGGAGGCGCGGAUGGUGCGUGUGGCGACGAGGCGAGGCACGAGGAGGCUGCGGUGGGAGACUGCAAGGGAGGCACGGCGCGGCGGCAGGGCAGCGGCUGUUGCGGCAGCGGCCGCAGGCGCGAACGAUCGGCAUGGACAGGGACAUGUGGAUCCCAGAGGUGCAUCACACCGUCGCUCGCUAAGGAAAGGGUAGGGUUGGGGUUGCGUCACGAACAGAGAUGUUCACCUUGUCCAUUCCUUUGGCAUCAGGUCGCAGCGAGCGAGCUCCUCACACGUCUUGACCCUGCAUUGGUGUGCUCACGUCGCCGUGGCCGGGAUCUGGACCUGCUGCUCGAUCUACAGCGAGGGGGAGGGGACGAGGUCGCCAGUGGUGGGAGGAAGGUGAGGGGAGGAGAGAAGGGGUGGGGUGCAGGCCGUGGGGGAGGACGUUGGUGGCGGCGACAGCUGGAGGGAGAGGAAUCGACGGGCUAGCUAGGGUUGGCUGAUGUGUUUCUCCCUUUUUUUCUCUUCGUUCUCCAGCACGCACCAAUCAAUCGCGAAGGCGCCACGUGGACCAUGCGAGCGGACGCUCCUUGUGCGUACGUUAAUGUGUUCGAUUUGAGGAAGCGAACAGAAAUAAGAUGUUCUGUAUAUGCUCAUGUAUAUUGUUGUUGCCUACAGAUUCCUUCGCCGGUGUUGUGCGGCGGGGCAACCGAAGUUCGUCUCUACAAGAGAUCACAAUAUGGAUCGCCGCUGGUUCAAAUAGCUGGUCUUGUCCCUGUCGCACCACCCCGAGCUGUGGAGGGCGGCUCUGAUGAUCCCGACCAAGAGUUCGCCGGUGAGCCCGCUCUGUAUCUGGCGGUGGUCCAAGACGGCCACACCAUCGACAUUGCGCGGCUGCUAUUCCACGGCGGCGAGCCUGCGCUGGAAGCUGACAAGGCCGAGGACUACUAUGCGGCGGCGGAAUUCAGUUCUAGCGAAGACGACCAGUCCCUCCCAUUGACCCUUGACGACUAUGCGAUGGUGAAAUCCAACUGGAGCGAUGAUGACUGGGCCCUCCCAUCAACAGGUGGUGCUAUGUCAUUUUUGGGAGGGCUGGGGUGCAAGGAGAACUCGGGGAUUGGGGACUGGGACUGGGAUGGGGAUGGGGCGGAUGAGGAUGAGGAUGAGGAUGGGGAUGGGGAUGAGGAGGAUGAGGAUGAAGAUGGGGAUGGGGAGGAUGAGGAUGAGGAUGAGGAUGAGGAUGAGGAUCGGGAUGAGGAUGGAUCAAUUUCUGGAGGUUAUGAUAGUGGUGAUGAUUCAGAAUGCAGCAAGGAGGAUGGAGAUGAGGAGCAUGGGGAUACUGACCAAGAUCUGAUUAAGCUUCGUAUUUGGCCAGCGCAGAAGCACCUGUUGCUUAAAUUUUUUAGUGGCAAGCAAUGGAAAUUAACAAAAGCCUACCGCCUAAUCUGGUUGAAACGUGAUGAAUUGGAAGAGCUAUGCAAGUUUUCUCUUAAAAUGGAUGGUCCUAUUCCUGCUCCCUUUACCACAGUCAGUGUUUUCAAAAAUGCGAACAGUUCAAUCAAUUUUGAAACGAACGUUCCUUCUGAAACUGUUGAUGAUCUUCUAGCUUGUUUGAAACCGUCAAUCAACAGUUUCCAUGUUUGUAAAAAACUUGGCAAAGCUAGCGACUGCAAAAAUUUUAAGUGCCUUAUUUCGGGUAGUAAAUGUGCUGUUAAAUGCAUCCCUCUGCGUGCAUCUUGCUUCGAAGAGCCAAGGGAAGUUAGCAUCAUUUCAAGUUUGAGGAAUGGGCGCAUUAUGAUGCUUUUUCAAGCCUGGAUAGAACCGUGGAAUCACAAAAGGCUUCCCCCACAAGAAGAUUAUCUGUUUCUCCAUCUAGAGCUCUGCGCAAGCACACUGACGGACGUGCUUUUGCCUGAAAAGUUUGCCUCAAUUCCGGAUAGGCGGAAACUUUUCGAAGAGAUAGUAAGAGGUGUCAAAACACUGCAUCGUGAAUUUAUUGUUCACCGGGAUCUUAAGCCAGAUAACAUAUUCCUGGGCUCUGAUUAUGAAGUCCGAAUUGGAGACUUUGGAGAUGCCUGUUGUGGCCAAGACGAGCUCGGAAAAUAUGGCGGUACGCCUAAUUGUGGCACAAAAAGUUAUUUGGCGCCAGAGCUUGACAGUGAUGAGAAGAUAACUGAGAAGCCGUGACCUCCUUGGUGGCCUUAUCGAAAUUGCUAGACGCACGGACGAGUUACAGGGUGUUCAUGGGCCCCUUCCUCUAACCCCGGCUCGACCUGCUGCCGGCGACCUCGACUAUCAGGCCACCCCUCUGCUCCCCUCCGCCCUUCCCUCUUUCCUCUCCUUCUCCCUCUCGGCUCACAUCUCUCUCUCUCUCUCUCUCUCCCUGUAGUUGCUGCAGCAAGGAGCCGCCGUCGCCAAGUUCUUGCCGGACGCGCCGCUGCCUGGAUCCGGUGUUCCCGCACCUGCAUCGCCUCUGCCUCGACCGCCUGCGUUGACCGCGUCCCUGCGCCGUUGCUGCCUUCUGUCGAGCACGAGCUCGAUCCCCUGCUUCCCCACAUCGAAGGAACCAGGCGCGUUGACUUCGCCUGGGCCGGGGCCUGCAUCCGCCCCCUGCCGGCCUCACACCCCCCCCCCCCCCCCCCCCCCCCCCCCCCACCCCCACGCGAGAAUUUCAGGUGGGUGGGGUCCCUCCCCAAGUUAAAAUGACCCCAUAAAACCCCCGUACUGGUCUGUGAAUGUACCAUUACUCUGGCCUUAUUGUGGCUCCUAGAAGGUAUGUCCCGACAUAACAUCUCUCUCCCUUUUUGGACACUUCAUCCUCGAACUGGACUACGGACUGCUGUUAGCCCCUUGCAGCCUCCAUAGAAACGUCUUCCUUGCUGUCGUCUGCACCUGGAUCAAUCUCCAGGACGAAGUGUUUUUUGCAGCAGUGGCCAGCCACGAAUUUCUCAGUGGAGUUGUUACAUAGGCCUUCUUCAUGUCGGGCUGCCAUCACUGCCAGUAUAAGCGUAAGUCGUGGGUGGGCUGCUGGAGAUGCUACUAUUGCAGGUCCUGGAGGUAGUGCUGCUGGAAUCGUAGGUGCAGGUGGUGCUCCAAGGUCUGGGAAUGGCUGGUGGCAUGGUUUUCACUUUCAGUGAGAUUUCGGUGAAAUUCACUGAAUUUCAGUAAUUUCAGCAGACACUGAAAUAUUACGUUUCGGCCAAAAUAUUUCAGCAAUUUCAGUAUAGCACAACAAUUCCAAUAUUUUUCAUAAUAUUUUUUAAAAUUUUCAAAUUUUUAAUUGAAUUCAAGUGAAUAUUUCGGUCAUUUGGCUGAAAUGGAAACUGAAAUCACUGAAAUUCACUGAAUUUCAGUGAUUUCGGUUGGUGCUGAAAUUUUUCUGAAACUGAAAUUGAAAACCAUGGCUGGUGGACACCUAGUGAUAGCGGUGUUGGGGGCGUCCACUGUGCACGUUGCUAGCUAGUAGACUUGCAAUAGGAAGCAGUGUCCGGGAGAUGCACGGUAGUGGACUUGUAUUUCAUGGCAACAGCAGCAGCAAGUAAUUGCAUUUUAUACUCCCAAGGCUAUUUUUUUCCAGAAGACCAGAGAGUCUCUCCCCAGUUCCAUUGCAACACAAUGAAACCAUACAGAGUCCAGUCCUACAACUAAAAACAGCUGGAAAGUAGUGUAGGAUAAGUGCCUGGAGUUCAGAACAGAAGGAAACUGCAUAAAAACUUGCGAGAAUAUGAAAUAUGUUUGCCCCAUAAACUAGAAAGCAGACAUGGUACAAGCACAAGUGCAGAGGAGCCCACUACCUCCAGGUGCACUGUGUGAUGGCGCAUUCUCGCCGAAGUCAGGCCAAGAUUCUUGCUUGCUUGCAUCACCCAUGGUGAAUCAUCGUGGUUAGGCCCAGCGGUCAUCGCAGGAUAUUUACUAGAUAUGCUAUAAAGCAAUCCAGUACCUUCAAUGUCUCCUUGUGCAGCAGCCGCCAGUCUCUUAAGUAGCGCAGAGGACCUUUCGCCCCACGUGGUUAACAUUGAGUCAAACACCAAAUCAUCAAGACAGUUCCGUAGCCCUCAAAGGAUACUUCUGUAGCUAACUUGUGGUUUCACCAUGCUAGAGCUUCGGCUAUUAACAUGCUUUCCUCCGAUCGCUGCCGUUGGUUUGCUUGGUUGAGAGAGACAAGUCUACUUUUUGGUCGUCGUUUCUUCUUGCCAUUUGCUUCUUUCUCUUUUCUUUUCUUUCCAUUUUUACUCCUUUUUCUUUGUGCUUUUCCCUGCUUCUUGGUGACAUGAGACACCCGUCUCGCCUUCAACUUGCUUCACAUCCUGCUGUCUUCCUCCUUGUUUGCUGCGUUGUCAUCCGUGCUUGCCGUUGGUUUCUGCUCAUUCGGUUUCUUGCACUUGUGCGUUAUGCUUGGUAAAACACUGAAUAUUCGUGGUUAUCUUUUGGCAGGUUGACAUUUACUCAGUCGGUGUAAUGUUUUUUGAGCUGCUGACACGAUUUGGGUCUUUAUUGGAGAGAGCGUUGGCAUUUGAGGAACUGAGAGAUAAAGGGCCUCCAGAUGGCUGGAAGGGUGAUUAUGAGGGCG